AAUCAUGAAGCGAGAUGGAGGAGACCGGCGGCUCUGCUGUGUCUUUGUCCUGUGCUGGUUACUGUCAUUAACCGACUACUAGUUAUUUUAAUUCUCUAUAUUAUUAUGAGAGGAGACGUGAUCGUGCACGCGUCUGUGCGUUAAUAUAUAAUAAUACUAUCGCGCGUUUUGUGGAUAAGACGCUGAAUUAAUGACAGACACACAAUCUCAUCGGUGCAUAAAACUAUAUGAAGAUCUUGGUGAGGAUGUCCAGCGAACCGCUUGAGGGUUUUCAUGAGGUGAAUCUGGCGUCGCCCACCACCCCAGAUCUUCAUGGCAUCAGAGACCCCAGUCCACCGAAGCACAACGCAGCCCCCAGCACCUUGUACCGCACACACUCGCUGAGCUCCGGUCAAAGUGUCCCCAAUGCUCUCCGGGCCGACCAGCUACCCACCCAGCCGGUCUACUCCGCCCCACGACACCUCGGCACAGACGAGACUCACAAUGGCAGUGGUCUGGAUCCCACGCUCGGAGGUGACGUUAACGUCUCAUCAGCUGAUGGUGAAGAUCUUCUGAGCAUCAGCACUGACAAUCUGAGUCGUCUCAGAAGUCCAUCAGUCAUGGAGGUCAAGGAGAAGGGACACGAAAAACUAAAGGAGGAACUUGCCAAAGCACAACUGGAUCUUAAGUUAAAAGACGAGGAGUGUGAGAGGCUUUCUAAGGUGAGAGAUCAGCUGGGUCAGGAGCUAGAGGAACUCACUGCUAGUCUCUUUCAGGAAGCUCAUAAGAUGGUGCACGAGGCAAACCUGAAGCAGGCCACCGCAGAGAAACAACUGAAGGAGGCGCUGGGGAAGAUCGAUGUUCUCCAGGCCGAGGUGGCCGCUCUCAAGACUUUGGUUUUGUCCACGUCCCCCACGUCCCCCUGUAAGGAGAUGCCACCCGGACCCAAAGCCCCUGUUAAGAAAGGUCACGCUCGAAACAAAAGCACCAGCAGCGCCAUGAUGGGCAGCCAGCAGGAGGUCGCCGUCAUGCAGCCUCUUCUACGUGAGGAGGUGGACACGUUGCUCUUUAUGGAGUUUAAAUCAUGGAAAGAAGAACCUACUUUAGAGAAAAGUUGCUCUUUCCUGGAGCGGAUUUACAGAGAAGAGAUUUAUCCCUGCCUGACCUUCUCUAAGAGCGAGCUGGGCUCGGCGAUUCUGGAGGCGGUGGAGCAGAACACACUGAGCGUUGAACCGGUGGGAUUUCAACCUCUGCCGGUGGUUAAAGCAUCUGCUGUGGAGUGUGGAGGACCCAAGAAGUGUGCUCUGUGUGGACAAACCAAAACCUGUAAACACCGGAUCAAGUUUGGUGACUCCAGUAACUAUUAUUACGUCUCACCGUUCUGUCGAUAUCGGAUCACUUCUGUCUGUAACUUCUUCACCUACAUUCGAUAUAUUCAACAAGGACUGGUUAAACAACAGGAUGCAGAGCAGAUGUUUUGGGAGGUCAUUCAGCUACGUAAGGAGAUGUCCAACGCCAAGCUGGGUUACUACAAAGAUGAACUGUAAGACCACCUGAUGUUUGAUGUGCUGGAGUCCUGCGGUCCUGUGAAAGCAUCUUCACGACCUCUCCUGUACUCCACUAUUACAUUAUAUUUAUUCAAACAGAGGACGUGUAUGAGAUAAUGAUGCAUUACAGUUACUGAAGAAGACAAAAGAGACAAUAAAACAUCAAUCGAUGUUCCUUCAGAAGAAAUAAAAAGAGUUUUAGGAUGAAAUGUUAAACGCUAGCUAGUGUGGUGUGUUGUGUUGUUUUGUUUGUAUAUCUGAAAUGUUAAGUGUGUGUAUGCGCUGUGUUUAUUUCCUCAUCAGACCUAUGAACCCUGAUUUGAUUUGAGUGCCUUUCUGAAAUAAACGUCUUCACCUCCAGUAAUGAUGAAUGUUGAUGAUGUUUGUUUGUCCAAUUAUGACCUCAAUAAUUCUCAGUGUGACGCUCUGUGAAGAUACAUUAGCAACACAUUAACACUACAGUAAACACACUCUCUUCUAUAAAACAAGUUCAUUUUACUCAAAUACUUCAAUGCUAUCUCACAAGAGUUUGUACAUAUUUUACGAGUUGGCCAAUUCGUAUCAAUUCAUACAAACACAUUCAUAAGUUUUGGUACGAUUUGCCUUGAUCCCUGUGACAUUGGGGUUAGGUGCAGGGUUAGGGGUUCAGUUUCAUUGUUGUUUUUUAUGAGAAUUGUACGAUUUUGCACGAUUAACUUCGUAUGAAUUGAUAUGUAUUAGCCAACAGGUAAAAUAUGUACGAUUUCUCUUGAGAUGAGGCUAAAUACUUUAUCAUACAAUGACGAUCUAAAGGCAUUUGUUUCUUUGUCUUUGUUGCAACAGUUUGAAACGGCCUGUUUUCUCACACUGAUGCUGGCUUAUAAGUGUUUGGCUCAUACGCUUCUUUCAUUUCAUAUUAAAGGUGUUCAGUUGGCUUUAGAUCUGAG